GUUGCUGAAUUAGAGCCAAGUGUUGAAGAUCAGAUCGAGAAUUCAACUAAUUCAAUCUCUAGCUAAUUUGUGCAGCUCAACUGCUUUGUCGACAAGGAGCAAUCCGCAGUUGCUAUGACUACACGUAACUCAGGAGAUUUGUUGACAUUGGCAACCGGACGUUCUAGGCAGCUGUCCCCACGUAACCUAGAUACCAAACAUUUAGCCUUUUUAUAGAAAAGUAUUUACUUUUCAUUGAGACACGCUUUAUAUAUGCAAUGGACUCCAGUACGUUAUACUACUCCUUGGACCUCGUUUCUGGUAGCGGUUUAACUUUGAGCAGUGAGCAAAAAGCUGCCCUGCAGACUUCCCUGGUCAUUCUGAAGAGGAACAACAAAUUCAAUCGUGUCCUGUUUUGGGGCAAGAUUCUGGGCAUAAAGGGUGACUAUUUCAUUGCUCAGGGGGUUUCAGAGGAUGAGAUAACGGAUAAAAAGAGCCUUUACAGUUUCAACUGUGUGGACUGGCACUUGCUUCCCCCUGCCACUGAGGCAAUGCUAGCGGAAGUUUCUGCUACAGCAAAGGGUCGCUUCGUGGGAGAUCCCUCACAUGAGUAUGAGCACACCGAGAUACGGCGGCAAGGGGAGGGGGACGAGGCUGUGGAGGAGGAAGUCGUGGUUAAGGUGAAAGAGGAGAAGAGGCUGGCCUCCACUGUCCACACCAUUGAUAAGGAGGUGUCUGUGGUCCCGCGCGGUGCCUUCAUCAAGAGUCCCCAUGGCCUGGUGCAGACCAAUCGCAGCUUUGAGGGUCUGUCCUCAUUGGAGGCAGGUAAACUCAGCUACUUCCUGCACUUCACUGAGCCGCAGAAACUGAAGAAGAAAUCCAUCCUGGAGCUGGCUGACCUCAACCCCUCCAUUGACUUCCUGGAUCCUUUGAGUGAGGAUAUCCCCAAAGGUCAGGGCCCCUGGGCACGUGCCCUGUGUGCCCGGUCCAUAUUCGGCCAUGGUUUUAUUUCUACAGGUAAGUCAAUUAAGAACAAAUUCUUACUUACAAUGGUGAUUUGUCAAACACAUCAAUAAACAAUUACACUAUACAUAUCUAUAUACACAUCAAUUACACUAUACAUAUCUAUAUACACAUCAAUUACACAAUACAUAAGAAAGCAAACUCAAAAUAAGAAAAGAAAAACAAUCAUAUGAAACAAAUACAUUAUUCAGUAAAAAGGCCCUCUAACAUCCGUCUGAAUUGCCUUAGAGGCACCAAAUCCAACAACUUUAAAAGGACUUCUGGAGAUCAUGUCACAUUAUAGAUGUAAAAAAAAAUUAAUGCAGAU